AUGGCCGUGACCCGUACCGCCGUCAGUUUAGUGGGCGCAAAUUUAUUCAUCACCAUCAAUCGCAUCAUCCUCGGGUCCUUCAGCAACAUCGCGAUCGGCAUCGGGACGUGCUACUUCCUCGCCCCGACCGGCCCAGUGUACGCAGCCAUACGGCUCACGCAGCGCAACAACCAUGCCAACAUAUCGGAGCUGCUGGACAAUUUGCUGCGCGGCUACGACAACAGCAUUCGGCCGGACUUUGGAGGACCUCCCGCGGUGAUCGAAGUGGAUAUAAUGGUGCGCAGCAUGGGGCCAAUCUCCGAAGUGGAUAUGACCUACUCGAUGGAUUGCUACUUCCGGCAGUCGUGGGUCGACCGGCGGUUAGAGUUCAGCGGCGCCCAGGACACGCUCGCCCUCAGCAUCUCCAUGCUCGGGCGCAUCUGGAAGCCGGAUACGUACUUCUACAACGGCAAGCAGAGCUACCUGCACACCAUCACGACGCCGAACAAGUUCGUCCGGCUCUACCAGGACGGCCGGGUGCUCUACUCCAGCCGACUUACCAUUAAAGCUGGCUGCCCGAUGAACCUCGAGGACUUCCCGAUGGACACACAGCGAUGUCCACUGAAAUUCGGUUCGUUUGGAUACACCACGAACGACGUGCUUUACCGCUGGAACAGUGGCCGCUCAGCCGUGGCCAUCGCCGAGGACAUGAAGCUGUCCCAGUUCGAUCUGGUCGAUUGCCCGGCCGGAAACGUGACCGACCGGGUGGUGCACAACACGGCCAGCGCCGGUGCUACCGUCCUGAACGGGGUGAACAACGUCGACCUGGAGCUGGGACUUGGACUGGACGGGGGCACUGGCCGGGCAACGGGUGCGUCGGGUAACGGAGGCAACGGCAAGCUGUAUGUCUCCGAAUAUUCGAUGCUACUGGUAAGCUUCCACCUCCAGCGCCACAUGGGGAACUUCCUGAUCCAAGUGUACGGCCCGUGCGUGCUGCUCGUCGUUCUAUCCUGGGUGUCGUUCUGGCUAAAUCGCGAGGCAACGGCCGAUCGUGUUUCGCUUGGCAUCACAACCGUGCUGACGAUGACGUUCCUUGGACUGGAAGCGCGCACGGACCUUCCGAAGGUGCCCUACCCGACGGCGCUCGAUUUUUUCGUGUUCCUCUCGUUCGCGUUCAUCUUCGCGACGAUCAUUCAGUUCGCGAUCGUGCACUACUUCACCAAGUACGGUUCCGGGGAGUGUUACUUCAGCGUGGACGAGCUGAACUCCAGCUCGGACGAAGAGGAUAGCGAGCGGGAAGACACCAACGGUACGGCACAGUCAUCCCAGCAUCAUCACUCCAUCAACAUCGGUCCGUCCUCGUCGGGAACCUGCGCGGGAAAGCGAUGCUCCGCCAUAACCUCAAUCAGCGGCCGACAGGGGGCGGGCGGUGCUGGUACAGACUCGCGCAUCGUAGAGGUCAUACCGCUGUCCAUGUGCUCCUUUCCGAUGACUCCGAUGCGGAAGACACCAAAGUCCUCGUGGACGGACGUGACGUGCUUCGGGGGCGGUGCCUGUGGGGGCCCGGAAGACUCCAACGGAGAUCCAUCGCCACCGGCCGGGAGCUCCUCACUGGGGGAUCGGGUGGGCACGUACAGUACCACCACCAUCACUACUACCUCGUCCUCGUUUACGUCCACACCGACGGCUACGACGUCGUUCGGUGGCAAGCCUCGGCGGCGAUCCAGCACUUCCGGUCCUUCACAUCGGCUCCGAACGGUGCAGCACCUUACCAUCGACGCACCAACAACACCGAGCACCGAAACGGUCGGUUCAACCGGACACCGGACGCGACGGCGCAGGAAACGGGAGCCCCGCUUCAACUCGGUGUCGAAGAUCGACCGUGCUUCGCGCAUCUUCUUUCCACUGCUGUUCCUGGCCAUCAAUGUGUUCUACUGGUUUCUGUACUUGUCGCGCAGCGAGCGGCUGCCACAGCAACACCACAAGACGGGAUAA